GAAUAUACUGAAGAGAAGGGAGAUACAGAGCGUUCCGCUCAGCUCAGCUCAGCUCCGGCAGGAGAGAAGAGAAAAGUGACGGAAGAGGACGGAGGAGUGGAGAGGAAAAGAGAACUAGACAGAGUGUUCCAUCCCGCUCCGCUCUAGGUAACCAGAAGGUUCUGUACAGUAGGCAUGGCAGCCAGGCGGAGGGCUGCCCUCCCCCCUCUCCUCCCGCCACUGCCCCUUCUCCUCCUCUCCACUACAGGGCGCCACUGAGCCUCUGGAGGCACCAUGAGCAGAUCCCUGCUGCUGCCCAACGUGAUUAGCGCUGCCGGAGUAGCUGCUAGCGUGUUGGCUAACGUGACUAGCGCUGCUGCAUUAGCUGCUAGUGUGUUGGCUAACGUGACUAGCGCUGCUGCAUUAGCUGCUAGCGUCUUAGCUAACGUGACUAGCGCUGUCAGAGUUUCCCUGCUGGAGUCCAAUGUGUCUCGCAGUGACGGCGUCGCUUCCUUACUGACGAACAAUACUGGCAACGCAAUAGGAGCGCUGGCUAACGCAACCACCAUAGGACUGCUAGCUAACGUGAGCGGUGACGCGGAGCUAGCUGCUAACGUGAGUGCUGCUAACGUGAGUGCUGCUAGCGUUAGCGGUGCUAGUGGCGUGUCCAGCGGCCCCUUCUGCUUGCUUGACUUGGGCUACUCCACUGUGCUGCAAACCUGCGUUCUCGAAGUGGCCGUCAUCGUGCUACUGAGCGUGCUCAUCGUCGGGGGCAACUUGCUGGUGCUGCUGGUGUUCCACUGCGCCCCCCUGGUGGAGGCUCACGGUACUUCGGCCUUCAUCCAGACGAUGGCGCUCGCCGACCUGCUACUGGGCCUCAGCUGCCUCAUCCCUGCACUGUCACUCCUCGGACACCUGGGGGCGCUGGACUCCGCACUCACCUGCCGGGCGUUUGGCUACCUGGUGUGUGUGCUGAAGGGCGUCUCCAUGGCGUCGUUGGCGUGCGUCAGCGUGGAGCGCUACGUGGCGGUGACGCGUCCUCUUUCCUACGCGGGGCUGGUGACCGCGUGUCGUCUCCGUGUCUGCGUCGUCUUCAUCUGGCUCUACUCCGCCCUCGUCUUCCUCCCCGCCUUCCUGCCCUGGGGCGGCAAGCCCGGUUACCACGGCGACGUGGUGGAGUGGUGUGCGCGCUGGGAGACGCGGCCGGCCUUCACGGCCUUCAUCGUCACGGCGCUCUACGCCCCGGCAACCGUCACCGUGUGCUACAGCUACGCCCACAUCUUCCGGAUCUGCAGACAGCACACGCGGCAGAUUAGCGAACGCAGAGCGCGCUACGCACCCAACACCACCGCCAGCGCCAUGACGACCGCAGCGGAACCCCAACCCCCCCCCCCCACAGAUCAGCACCAUCCCCCCUCCUCCCCCGCCCCUCCCCCGCCUGACAAGCGCUACGCCACCGUGCUGUUCCGCCUCACCAGCGUCUUCUACCUGCUCUGGCUGCCGUACAUACUCUACUUCCUGCUGGAGAGCGCAGGUGUGUACCGCCAUGCGGGGGCCUCCUUCCUCACCACCUGGUUGGCCAUCUCCAACUCCUUCUUCAACUGCCUGAUCUAUUCCGUCUCCAACGCCGCCUUCAGACGCGCUCUCAAGCGCCUCUGCUCCCUGUGUACCGCUACCAGACACACACACGCAUACACACACACGCAUACACACACACGCACCGCCAAGAAGGCCCCGCCACACAGACACACACGCGGACACACACAUCGGGACACACAACAACAUCAACAACACAGCGCUCCGUAUGUGCCGGCUUCCUGUAGUAGACACACACACUCACCCGGCAUGUGAGACACACACAGACACA